GAGUGUACGUACCAAUUGAUAACUCGACUGUGCCUUCCAGUCCAGCUGUCAGUUCCAAUUGUCUUCGCUUCCAAAAUUUCCACGCAUUUCCAGUCUCCCCUUGGCCAGCCGUCAGUUUGCCAGUCAGUUGUCCGGUUGUCGUGGUUGUUUUCGUUUGUUGUGCGUUUUGUGCAUUUCCGUGUUCGCUUGUAGGUCGUCGGAUCUGACAGUUGGUAGCGAAUUUCAAGACAGGAUCUUCCCGAGAGGAAUCGCCCGUUUGCGUCGUCGACGAGCUGCCAUUUCCCAUUGGAGUUUUCCACUUUUGUUUUCAUUCGCGAUUUCGUUGUCGGGGCAGCUGGGCCGAUCGCCGUUGAAGGCGGUUUCGCGGACGAACUGAGAGAUUGUAGCAAGCGUCCGGCUUCAUUCUUCCAUUGUUUGCGCGAACCAACCCGACCCGCAUUGUGGUUUUAUCUAUUCAGUCCAACGGAAAACUCCACGGCUUCCUUGGCCUUGUACGCAUUCGCAGUGCCGCCCGCUCGCAUCUUGUGAAUUGUGCGCGGUCGCGAACAGGGUUUUUUACUCGAUUCCGCUCCUGUGGCGUGCGUAAAGUCUCUACGCUUCUAGUGAGCAAACAGCUGAGCUGUGAGUGCCCUAAUUGGAUCAUCGGAACCUGGCGUGGAAAUUCUCGCAUGCAUUGUGCGGAAAACACGAUUACUCGCCCGCUUUGUUCGCUCGCCUUGUAACGACCUGAUUGCGCGCUCCUCGCAUGCCCCAGCCCCAAGGUUCAGUGUCCGCGCCGUUGAAUUGAAUAUCGAAAUAGAAUCCCGGAAAUCUGGCUGCCCGCCUUCCACUCCGCACCAGAAGACCAGCCGGAAAAUUGGGUUCGCUCCGCAAUCAGCGAAGACGAGGAGACAACGACCGCUAGCGCUGCGCUUUAUCCACAGCGCCUGCUUGGAUACUUCAACGGUUUUCUGGGUGUAAUCAUCUUGGAGCCGGGCUUGAGUCCGCGGCAAUUGUAUCUGAAAAUUUUCCACUGGAUCGCUACCGUGGAAAGUGUUGUGCGGCGCCCAGCUGACGGAUCGCCUGAACCGACCAGUGGAGUUUCGACAAUAAACCGCCAGCUUGUCGGUGCAGCUGGUACUGUGUUUACAGUUGAAUUUGUGUUUCCGCGAACCCCGUCCCUUGUUCCGGGAAGUGCGUACAUUUCACAAAGAGUUUUCCCCGAAAUAUCGACGGCCUCCAGUGUUUUGAAAUUGAAUCGAAUAAAUUAGGCGCCAGAUCGAAUUGGAUUCGUGUGUGCCGUCGCGGCAAAAUUGUGGAUCGGCGGUCCCAAAUCCAGUCUCAAACGGAACGUGAGUGGUUUUGGAAUGAAUCAAGUCAAUUUGGAAGUGCGAAUCAGUGAGGCAGAGUAAAAUUGUGACUCGCAGUGAGUCAGAUUCCGAAGGUCACUCCAGUGUUUUUGAUAGAUCCUGUGCCUUUUUGAGUGUCAAGUUCCAUAGAUAGUGUCUGUGAUAUCGAACUUCCAACUCCCUGUUCAAGGAUCCCCAGACCCAUCUUCGUAGAUUCGUCUCAGACCUCCACUGAAGAACACCAAACCCUGGAGUAAAGAUUCAGUGUUCCAAUUCAGCUGCAAUCUGGGAUAUCACGUUAGGUAACAGUUCCCAGUGGAUAAGGGUCAUUUACGAAAACCUGAACGAUCUCAUCAGUAUACGUAUAAACGCAGUGGAAUCUUUGUGAUGUUAACCCAAAGUGUUAUCUAAACCUACAUUUCCAAAACCAAUCAUUCAAGUGUGAUAGAUACACUCAUCGCACAUAAAUAACAUAUAAAGUUCUUGUAUGUUUGCUACAGUGUCGAUUUCGUUUAUGAAAUUUCCACUGAAAUUCCGGAAAAAUCGUUCCAGAAAAGCAUCAUUAAAUUUCAUUCAUUAUCCGCACCUUAAAACGUAUGUAAAUGGCCACAACAAAAACAGCGACAAACGACAGUGACAAAGCAACAGUUCGGAAUGUCACGCAAGCGACGGAAAACAAUAUAUCGGCAACAAUGGGAUACAAUAAUCACAACAACAACAAUGAUGAGAGCAACACUAAAUCAAAUGGCGUAACUAGUCACAAUGCUCCCAUAAAUACUGGGAUUGGCACUUCCGAGCACAUGCAUGAUCCAUUUUCGAAGUUGUUCGAUGCAUCAAUGGAUGAUUUGGAGCAAGGAGUGCAUAGUUGCGAUUUAGAUAGUGAUUUUUCUGAUUAUGCUUCGGAUCAAAACACUCAGAUACAAACUAACACCUCAAGCCCAGAAAAAGAAAAACGAAAGGUUCGGGUUAAAGAGACAUCAUCGUCUCCAGAAUGUAGCGAUGAUGAGGAUGCCACUGAAGAUGCAAAUGUAAUCCCUGCAGGGAGUAUGCAAUUACUUCCAGUGAUCAAUAGCUAUCGGCAAUUAUUGCCUGUUGACAUGAUUAAUAAUAAAUUAAUGUUAUUCCGACCCUAUUCACUUUCAUUCCAAGAACGUCGUCGCCUCUCGCAAUGCAAAGAAGAGGACGAAUUCGAAGAAGCUAAUGAAAAGCAAACGCAUCCACAUCCACAACCACCACCGGGCAAAUCGACCAAAACGGAUAAAGCCCCGUUGAAUAUAGCUGCAGCGAAUCAAAAUCGGUUACAAAAAGAUGAUCCUUCUCCAAAAACACCUGAAUCGCCAAACUCAACGAUUGUAAAAGGGAAAUUUGUCGUCACUAAAACGACAAUGGAUGCAGAGCCCAUACUCCGCUCGGAAGCUAAGAACUUGCAGAAAAUGGUACCUCGUCAGAAUGCUAUGACUAUUCACUUUCCUUGUAGUUCCAGCGCCGCUGGCUAUUCGUCCGUAAAGGGUCUAUUUUCACCACAAGGAAAAUUGACUCCACAUUUAGAUAAGAAGUUUUUCGACACAUCGCUGGUGGAAAUUCGUGCAACGAAUGAUAGUACGAAAUCAUUAGAUGAAGGUGAUACUUUUAUUCGGGAUGAAGUUUGGUUACCCAGGCCAAAACCUAAGCCUAAACCACCCGCUGAUGAAAGUUCCCUGAGUAGUAAUGAGGAGGAUAAAGAUGCCACGACAAAAGCACCAGGAGGACCCCGACCCUCGAGUGCGCCUAUUGAACCAAAUGCAAAAGCUGCAAAGAAGGAGUCAAAGCGGCUGGAGAAAGAGGCAAAGCGACAUGAAAAAGAACUACGUCGAGCUGAAAAAGAAACCCGCAAAGCAGAUCGUGAAACUGCUCGCCGUCUUGAGCGUGAAGCAGCCAAAUUGGAAAAGAUUAAUCGCAGCAACGUAGAAAAGAUGACUCGCAGUACGGAACGUGUGGCACCACGAUCGGGAUCACUGGAGCGUCGUAGAAGUGGCGAAGAUUCGCCGGUUCUGAAUCAAUCGACAGUUCACGGUUUUGCAAGUCCAAGUCAUCGGCCGACUUUAUUCGAUGUAUUCCGGCCGAGAGCAAAAGCUGAAGCGAAACAGGCACGCCGAGAAAAGGAUAUACAGAAAUCCAGCAGUUCAGAUAAAGACAAUAGCAGUCCGGCUAGUAGUACACAUAGUGGAUCUGGUGGCAUAAUGCAAACGAUGAAAUCAGCCAUACAACAUACAGGCCUUAUUGGCGGACAUCGCCAUCAUAGUGGAAAUAGCGGAGGAACAACUGCAACACCAAAGUACAAUAGGGAUGGUUCUGCUCAUCCGCAUACUGGAAGCGGUGGCAGUGAUGCUCAGUACUAUCAUACAGUUACGGCGGGUCGUCGGGUAGAUGUUUCCCGGUCGCCAAUGACCAAAGUUAUGGAUUUAUUCCGGCAUCGAUCCAAUUCAGCAGUUUCAGAGGCGGACAAACGAAAAGCGCGUGCCGCUGCGCAUCAACAACAACUAGCUGCUCAAAGUGCGCAUAUGCGAAGAGCCUCAGCCGACUUAGAGAAACGCAGAGCUUCGCUUGGUGCUAGCCGUGGCUUACGAUCGGAUGGUACGUUAGAUCCAUAUCAUGCGGCUAUACUUUUCCGUGAUUCAAGAGGGUUACCAGUUGCUGAUCCAUUUUUGGAAAAAGUUAGCCUUUCUGAUUUACAAGAAGACGAAUCACAGAUAUUUGUUAAAUUCUUCCGUUUUCACAAGUGCUAUGAUCUAAUACCUACGUCGGCUAAAUUAGUCGUAUUCGAUACUCAAUUAUUGGUUAAGAAGGCAUUCUACGCUCUAGUGUAUAAUGGCGUUCGUGCAGCACCAUUAUGGGAUUCACAAAAACAACAAUUCGUUGGAAUGCUCACUAUUACAGAUUUUAUUAAAAUUUUGCAAAUGUACUAUACAUCGCCCCAGACAUCGAUGGAUCAAUUGGAAGAACAUAAAUUGGAUACAUGGAGAAAUGCUCUCCAUAACCAAGUAAUGCCUUUAGUCAGUAUCGGACCUGAUGCGUCACUUUACGAUGCUAUCAAAACCCUGAUCCACAACAGGAUUCAUAGGUUGCCAGUCAUAGAUCCGCUGACAGGAAAUGUUUUGUACAUAUUAACCCAUAAAAGAAUACUUAGGUUCCUGUUUUUAUAUAUUAAUGAAUUACCAAAGCCAUCAUGUAUGCAGAAGACGCUGCGAGAGUUGAAGAUUGGGUCAUAUGAAAACAUAGAGACUGCUACGGAAUCAACUAGCAUUAUUACAGCUCUACGGAAGUUUGUUGAACGACGAGUUUCAGCCCUACCGCUAGUUGAUAGUGAAGGGCGCCUAGUUGAUAUUUAUGCAAAAUUCGAUGUUAUUAAUUUAGCAGCAGAGAAAACGUACAACGACUUGGAUGUGUCCUUGCGAAAGGCCAAUGAACAUCGAAACGAAUGGUUCGAAGGCGUACAAAAAUGCCAUUUGGAUGAGACGCUUUACACAAUUAUGGAAAGAAUUGUUCGGGCCGAAGUUCAUCGUUUAGUAGUUGUGGAUGACGACAAAAAAGUUAUUGGAAUCAUUUCAUUGUCAGAUAUUCUCCUCUAUCUGGUCUUAAACCCAACUGGAGAAGGGAUGGGUGGCAAUGAACAUUCAUUACGAGCCACUGAUCCCAAGUUACAAACAAGGACACCCGAUGACGAGGACAAUUCAAAUCGAACACCAUCAGGUUCAGGCAGUCGUAGCUUAAUUGAGGAUAUCCAAGAAGAGGAUGCGAAGGAGGAAGCAGUAUGCACUCCAAAGAAAGAUGAAGAUAGCGAAGGAGGAACUAUUGCCACCGCAAGUGCUGAUGACAAAGCCAAUGAAGUCACCGAGCCGAGCAGCGAAAUUGAUGCUGAUGUCAACAAAUCGCAGGGCGAUGCUGCGGACGAUUCACUCCCAAAAGAGCAACCAGUGGAUGAUGCUGUGAAGGAAUCAUCGCAAACACAACUGAUUGAGGAUUGUGUGUCGUUGAAGAAGGACGAGACAGAGAAAAACCUCAACUCACUUAGUUCUGAGGACUCCAAUCUUCAUCCGGAACCCACGUUAAACAGCGGUGUUCACGUCCGAGAGGUGGCGAUGGUUAGCGAAUAGAAGGGAAAAUAACAAAAGUAAAUAUAAUUGAUAAUAUUAAUUAAACAACAAAAACAAAUAGAAUAUAAAAUGUUCUUCAUUGCGCGAAACCAGCGAAUGUAAUUAAUUUGAGGAAACUGGAAAUGCCAGUACAAUACAUGCAGCAACAGAAUUUUUUUAGCGAUAGCGGGAAGAGAGAAGUAAAAUUGAAGGAAAGAGAAUGAGACAGACGGAAAAAACGCAGAAAAAAACAGUAUAGGGCAAAUCAGAAAGAGGCACUGUAUCCUUUUUCUUUCAAUAAUAAUUUUAGUUUGUUUUUUUUCCUGUUGCUAUCAUAUGUGUAAUUCCUAGAUACUGUUUUAAAAUAAUAAAUUUUUUCUAAUUUAUUUUUCUCUUAAUUGAAAAAUACAAACAAAAACAACAAUGGAUUAUGAAACGGAGAAAAUACAUAAAAAAACUUAAAUGAGCAUUUUAUUUAUUUAACAUGAAUUCAGCCCUAGUUUUUAUAGUCUAUGUAUAUUUGUACUUCAUUUAUUUCGGACGAAGAUGAGUUUGUUACCUCGACAAGAAAAAAAUAUAAUUAUUCCAAGCAACAAAUAAAUGGAAGCAAAGGCAAAUAUUAGGGAUAUUGUUGUGGACUGUUCUCAUUCGGCAUCUGUAAUCAAUUUUGAGAAAAUUUACAACAAUGAAAAAUGUAUUUCCACUAAAGGAGGGAAACCACAUUAGAAGGCAUUUUUAAGGUUUUGUGUAAAACAAAACCUUAUUAAAAUUGAUUCACUGUCUGUCUGUCUGUCACACGCACUUUUCUCCAAAACGGCUAAACCCAUACGAGCGAAAUUUCAUGGACAGAUCCCAGAAUCCCACGCAUACUGCGACUUACAUAAAUUUUGGUGAAGUUUAAAUCGGGGCUCCCCAUACAUGCGAAGGGCAGAUUUAAAUUUUUUUUCAGCAGAUAUAGUCGUGUGGUACAGUAGCAAAUGAAAGGUCGCGCUUGUUAUCUGAAAGAAAAAAGCAUUUAAUUUUACAUUACUAACUAAUUUUCUAAGAAUAUGAACCUCAAUGCAGCUGAAAAUAGUCAAUUUUUUUUUUUCAAAUUUCAUCAUUUUUUCAUUAAUUAUGCAAAAAAGCACUCUUAAAAGUAUGAUAUCACCUCAAAUGUUGGUUCAAUUCUGAGUAAUUUUGUAAGGAAUUAUGGCUCCAAAUUUAGCAAAAUAAAAAAAAACUCAUUUUGAGAAAAGCACGUUUCUAGAAAAAUUGUUUGGAAAAUUCCCUUUUCGGAUAUGAAGACAUUUAUCACCCUUAAUUACGAACAAAAUAAAGUUACAACAAAUAGAAAUGCACUGAUGCAUAUGACUGACCCCAAGUAUUUAUAUUUAUAUAUUUAUAUUUAGAUAACGCUACAAAAUUUUGUGAGGACAUAAGGCGACUGCCUUCUAGUCGGUGGAACCUAAUCCUGUACCCCAUAAUCGCUCGGUUCUACGUCCAUAAAAUCUAAACGACCAUUUUGCUUUGCUAUGCAAUAAAAAAAGCCGAUUCUGCAAACUUCCUAAUAUGGUUUCCUCUCUCAAGCGCUCUACACUAGAAUAUAUGGAAGCUACAAUUUUAAAUUAUAAAAUGGAAUCAUGUUCGUUGGACAGUAAAACUAAAGGAUAGAAGAAAUUCAUCAAAGUUGGUAUCAGCUUACGUCCGGAACUAUUCAAAUCACAGACAUAGUUGAGGGACCACAUAUAACACGGUAUACCCCGAAUCUGCAUUUUUCACUUUGUAUUCGUUGAAAUUAUUUUGUUGUGAUUUCCACUUGGUAUUAAACGAGGAAGGUCAUAUCAAGAGUCCAAAGUAUUGUAUGCAUUGAAAGGUACAAUAAAAAGUAGAAAAAUAAAAUAAGAGGAGUCCAACUUCUAAUUUCCCGGAAGAGAUGAUCGUUAAUAAAGGAACAAGCUCUUUAUAAAGUAUAUGCAUGCAAUUUUGAACUCCAGCAAUAUAUUCUUCCCAACAAUUUUAUUGAAUAUUCUCCAGUGUCCAGGAUCUCAAUUACUUCAAAUACAUUUGAAUUUCCGAUCGUUGUGUCGUAAAAAAAAAAUCUAGAGACUGCAACUCAUAAAAGGAUUACGUCAAUUUUCCAUUUAUAGGUAGAUUUAUCUACAAUCAGAAACAUAGGAGACAUUGGAGAAAUGUGAAAUAGUAAUACUAUUUGAUGAUGAUGAUGUUUGUCCCUGAAGAUACAUAAUCUAUGGUUUUUGUCCAUUAUUUUUCUCGGCGAAAUAUAUUCUGUGGAAAAGGGCUGAGAAGGAAGAACGCACGGGGGGAGGCGGUUAGGACCGUUCCAUUUAAACGAGUUUAGCGGUUGCAUCGUCGUGCAGCUCCCUUUGUCGGCAUGCCCCUGAUUUUAUUCUGAAUCGCCCUUCUCAAUUUUUUUAGGGUCUCACGGAUUCUUGCUGCAAUAUCGAGCUUAUAAUCCGCCUGAUAUGUUAGACGGUAAUUUGAAAAAUUCUCGACUACAUCUGGCGAAGUCGAUCCUUGUGACGCGGCCUUACUACCGACCGGGUUAUAGGCCAAAGAAGAAGGGAAAGGGAGAUAUGUAUGAUAUGAUAGAGAUAUAUAUAUGAUAGAGAACCAUUAUCCCCAGAUAAGAAUCUGUCUAUCUCGUUGAAUGUGAGACAAUUAGGAGAUCAGUUUAUGUGAGAAGUACCUUGAUCAGGUUUCUGCUAUAGGCAAACCUUAUCAAGCAUUGCCCAUUUUCAUUCAAUAUACCAGGGAAACCGCAUCCACCAACUGUUUCUCUGAGUGUUUAUCGUUCCCGAUUUUUGGUUUGAAAUAUAAUAUCUCAUUUAGGAAUAGUGAAUCGAAUCCAGUCUAUUUUAAAAAUUUUCUUUGACUCCGUUGUUUUUAACUUAAACUGGAUAGUAUGGAAAUGUGGUUAGUAUUGAAAAAUCUGAUAAUCUGAUGCAAAUCCCAAACAAUCGUUCGUUCAUGGAUGUGAGAUAAUUGAAUUUCUUCAUCUCCUGAGAAUAUGGCUUCAAAUUUUAGCUUUCUUAACAGCGGAUAAGGCUGAAAAUUUAAUUUGGCGAGUGAAGCGUUGAAAAGGAAAAGAAAACGCGACACGUUGAAACCGUGCAUAGUUGAGCGGUGACGUAUCUUUUGUGUGUUUUCGGGGUCUUGUUUGUCGCUAACAUCGCCAUCCCCCCAUGUUUUCACCCUAAGAAAAAUUACGUUUACAACUCUACUCCCAGAAAACUCAACCCCUAGACAUCAACAGUUGUAUAUAAUGAGUAUGAAAACUUUUUGCAGGAUUUCCAGAAAAUUUUACAGAAAAAUUAAAGAACAAUGUAAAGUAAGAUUAAGGACGUGAAGUAAAUUUUCAAUUUUUGCUUCAACUCCCUCCAAAAUCGUCGAUGUCGAUUUGUCUGUCACACCCACUUUUUUCGAUUAUGAAUUUGAAGAUGUGGGAAUCAUGUUGCGCUGAUUGCUAUACAAUAUAAGGAGGCCCUUCCGCUGUAAUGACUCACUCCAUGAAGACUGUUCCGAAUUCGAUGUCAAACUUCUCAAACAAUAUUUUAGCAUUAUACGGGGGCAGUGUUGUUAUAAAAUCUAUCGUUCAUUGCUUCAUCAUUGUCUUCCGUGGAAGCAUUGGCAUUGAUGAGCUAGACCUUGAAAAAUUUAGCAUUUGGAACACUCACAAUCGCUCGUUGAUGGGGAUGAUGGGUGUAACUUGGGACUUCAGUUGGCUCUAGUUGCCCAGUUGAAUGCAUUUUUGACAUCCAGUGUCAACACGUCACCGUGCUUAUUGUAACGACCGUAGAGUAAGCGCACCGAAUUCCAUAUUGGCGCUCCGACAUACCAUUGACACUUUCGACAAUGCCUAACAGUCUGGGUACUUAUUGUCGCUGAUUUUACCAUAUAUUUCCCACAGCCCCUCCACGGUAACCGGAAGUACCACGCUUUCGUUGGCCGUUCGCCUUUCGCUAUUUUAUUAGGGAGGAAACAGAGUGGUAACAAUUUAUUUCAAAAGGGACGGGCAGGUCACCUGAGGUCGUCUUCGUAGCCUUUUUACUACCACCCUGUAAACCCCACCAUAGGAUUUACGUGGAUGUCUUUGCACAACUGUUUGAAGCAGUCCCUUUUCUUCUUGGGAAGUUGCCCCGCAGUUUUCUUCAUUCCGUGUCUCGACCUUCACUGUCAGGCUUUCCUGUACAUGUGGAUUGCUUUCCACUUUCGCUUUGAUGCACCCACCGGGUGCUUUGUUAUUGCCUGAAAGGCGUGUUCUCCCCAAGUUCGUAGCGCUGUUUGACCUAAAUGUCACUGUGAUUUCGAUAUGGCUGUGAUUACGGUCAAUCGACGUCUUUCUCGCGAAUGACUUGCGAAAGUAAGUCUUGUGUCGGCUGGCACUGGUUUAGGUUGAUUUGUGGCCCUCCGCUCUGCACCUCCUGCAUUCCUUCGGCUUGUCAUCCACACUGCUACAUGCCUUCGUGAUGUUACCGAAGCCAAGGCAUCUAAAGUUGCUUUUCAAUGCCACCUGCUUGCUAGGACAACACGUAACCCAGCCUAUUCUUACUUUAUCUGCUGCCAACAGUUUAAGAGCUGCCUCCACUGGCAGACUGCUGAUGGCGGUUUGUUUCCCACCGUAAACUUGUCUCAUCAAUACCCUUGCCGAUUAUAGAGAUCUGGCCUACUAGUCCUUAUAUCGACUUCCUGUCCUUAGGACUUUCGAGUUUAGCUUCUGAAUUUGUCCGCGGUUACCGGAUAUUGAUUUUAUCCAUAACUAGACAGUCGUGGCGUUUUCCAUCAAUUUUAAUGUUAUAUAGACAAGGGAAUCGUCGAUCGUUCUGUAGGGAGGAGGAGGAUUCUUCUCUUGAACGCGGCUAAGAGUUCGCAAAUUUUAGUACUAGGAACCCAAAUAUUCGAGGAAUACAUGAGGACUGCCGAGAUCAUUGUCUUGUACAGUAAAAGCUUUGACUCUAUGGUGAGACGUUUCUAGCAGAACAGUUUUUGUAAACUGAAAUAGGCUUUGUUGGCUACCGUACGCGGAUUUCGUGGUCAUAGCUGUUAUCAGUUGUGAUUUUCAAUCCUAGAUAGGAGAAAUUAUCAACGGUUGGAAAGUUGCACCAGCGCUAUUUUAUGUUUCUUUCAUUUCUGGUGCUGACGUUACCACCAUAUAUAUAUCAGCAUAGACCAGUAGUUGGGUGGACUUGAGGAGCACAUUACCUGUCACAUUUACAUCAGCAUCACCAAUCAUAUUUUCCAGGGUGGUGAAUGGUCUCGAGAGUGAUUCUGCAGCUUUCAUUUGGCCUCGCGCGUUGGCAAGUCAGUCUUAUAAAUUUAGUUUGGACGCCGAUUUCUCUCAUGUGUACAGUUUUAUCUUGGCUAUGCUAUCAUUGGAUAGCGGAAUGGUUGACGGGGUAGAGCGCCUCUGGGUUCGAAACCUAGUCGUUAUGGGUGUCUGUGUUUGUCUUGUAUUUGUCUCGCUGCUGUGAGCUUAUCAUUUGUACAGCGUUAAGUGUGAAGAUAAUGAAACUGAAACAAAGAGACUGUGUUAGGGCAUCUACCCAUCCAAACACUAUGUCCAUGAUUUCCAUGUUCCAACAAUUUUUCCAUCGAUUUCCGCAGAGAGAAAAUCGGAUUUGCUGUUGAUGUGCCUGGAGUGAAGUCUCUUUGGUAUGUGCCGAUGAUAUUCCGGCCUAGCAAGAUAAUGAAAAUAUAUUAUAGAUGAUACUCGGCGACAUUAUACCUCUACAAUUGCUGCACCCCCUGAUAUAUAUGGGACAGAUAAUGUCUCGUUGGCAGUCAUUAGAUAUUGAUUCUCUGUCAUAAACCUUAAGCCAAUGAAACUGCAUACAGGAAAUUAAUUUCCCGGCGCAUUGCUUGUUUUUGUCUGAUGAAAGAAAAACAUUGCGCUUGUUCUUCUAUGGAGUUAAUACCGCGAAGGUAAUGCAUAAGAUAGGGAAACAUGCACAGUUAGCUACUUCGUGCCGCCUAGAAACUCGAUUUGAUUCUCCUGCAUGUUGCCUUCUUGCCUUGAAGAUAAGUUGGCGAACCGUUUGAUGUAGUUGGUCGCCGCCUCCAUAUUUAACGAAUUCGGCUGUAAUGCCAUCGCCUCGUGGUGACUUAGAUCCAUGCUUAGUGGCGGGACCUCUAACUCGCCGAUCUCCUAGUUGUUGACCAAUUUAUCGAUAUGCUCAACCCCUCGGUCCGAUAUGCCCAUAUGGUCGGAAUUCACAUUUCCCUCUUUACCUCGGCAGGAUGAGCAUCGCCCAGUGCGGUUACUCCCUCUACUUCUCGAGUUGAUAGAUCUGUUGGUUCUCUCGAGCUUCCUUUUGCCGCCUGUGAAGUUGCUUCCCCGGCCGAUGGAGUUCGUGAUAGGUGUCUGUGCGUGGCCGCGCUUUUUGAUAUUACAACAUUGCCUAGCUUACAUUCAUCCUCAAGACAGGUGCAACAUGUCAACGUGGUCAUAGUGGUCCGAAUCUGCUUUGGCCGUUCAUCGAGGCUGAGAGGUGGCGGCGUUCGAUUAGCACGUGGUUAAUUCAGUUGAAAGUGGUUCCAACUGGAGAAGCACACGUAUGGUUGUGGGCCGCUUUCUUCGCACACUACGUAUUUCCAAAGGCGAUUGCAUGUGAUUCUGCUAGUUUGAUAAUCUGUAGUCCAAUGUCAUUGGUAGUUCUAUGCAAGCUAUGGGAGCCGACCUAUUGCUUGUCAACAUUUCCAAGUAUAAUUUUGGUAUCCAACCCGAAGAUUCAUUCCACUGUGUAUUAGAAGGUAUCCUCCUGCGACUCUGCCCUCUCCUUCUUAGGGAUGUGACCAUUAAUGAGGCUUAUAUUUCAAAAUUUGCCUCACAAGCACUUAGUACUAUGCACUUUUCCUACCUUUUGUUUAUGUUUUUGAACCUGAUAACAAGGAGUCCAUGUUCAUGAGAAAAUGCGUAAAUCGUUGGUCCAUUUUUUUUGCGAGGCUCCUUGCGUGGCCUCAUAGCUAUAGUUUUCCGUAUAGAACUGUCAGCCUUACCCAAAUCCCAAUCUGGAGGGCCAGUUGGUACAAGUUGUGUCGUUUUUAGGCACUCGUCUUCAUCCUUCUCUGUUUGCAGGUUUCAUUAAGAAAGAAUUCCCAGCGAUCACCACGUAGAGCCAGAGAGAGAAUUUGGUAGUAGAGUUGUUGGUGUCGGUUCAGUGAGUGUUUCCCAGUUUUCACUCUCCAUCGUGAGUAUCAACCCACAUUUCGCUAUGGGACAUAUACUAUCCUUGACCGCCCCAUAUUUUUAACCAUUGUAAAACCUACUUAAGAUGAAUUGACAAAAUCAAACUAUUGAUGAUGUUCGAAAGGACAGAUCACGCUCAAACUCUGCGUCAAUAGAGGGUCAGUUGUGUCAAAUUAGUGACAAAAAAACGAACAGAGUUUUUUAUUCUUCAGGUCAACUUUUUAUUUUGUGAGUUUAAUUUUCAGUUUUCUUUUGGGGGGAUCGUCAAUUGGUGAAACCAGUCUCUUUCAUCAAAGCUUGGGAGAUUACUGCUUAACGUGAUGAUUACGAGAGAAUGGUAUCACGACAGUUCGAAAUUAGUGUAGUUUCUUCCAAAUUGAUGUGCCAGUUCUGAGUACAGUUCUUUACUUUAUCAUCAGCCGUCUGAAAAUUUUUAUCAAAGAUGUCUGCUACCAACUUAAGCCCUUGUGGCCCUUAGCAUUUCGUAAUAAACGUUCUUUAGCUAUAAUAUUCCGGGUGCAUGCCUACAGUAAUAGGGACAGUGCUUUCUUCCUGAUACAAUAGAGAAGGGUUCGAAUGAAAUACAUUGAUAGGCCUAAACGAUAUUGCAAUAAAAAUUGAACUAUGCGAACUAAAUAUAGGAAUCGAAUGCUAGAUCAAAACUUAUAUUUAACAAAUACAGACGAAUAAGGUGUAAAAAGUCCAAUAUUUAAUGGCAGUAUUUAGCGAAGGGUGUGUAAAAAUAAUAUGUACAGCUUAUUUUUUGCAUUCGAAGAUAAAAUUGCUAGACAUUUUCAGAUUUUACGCAAAGCAACAAUAUUUAACUCCAAAAAUACUUGAAAUAGCAAUAAAGAAUCUACAAAUUUCUACUAUAGUUGCAUGAAAGAGUCGAUAAGGAUUUACACAAGUAAAUUGUAGCUUACAAGCAGUAAUAUAUAAAUGAAAGUAUCUUGAAGAGCAGAAAGCAAAUAAGAAUUAUAUUUUAUAUUACCAUACACUCAGAUAAAAUACAGUAAAUUACAAAGAAUCAGCAAUCAAUGAUUUGUCCAUUCAUGUACAAGAAGAAACGAUAAGGAAAGGAUAAAAUGUAGUUUAACGAGGAGUAUUAGAUGAGAAGUGCUUACUUAAGAAACCAACAAAGUGAAUGUAUCUUUAGUAAUCCAAUUAUUAUAAAAUUACAAGUUACUAGUGGACUUCAGUUAAGGCUUAAAAUAUCCUCCAAUGCUGUUAGAGGAAUAGUGAAGCAAAUAUUGUUAUUUGUAAUGGAUAAGUCAAUAUAUUCUUAUUACAGAAAAAAUUUAACAUAA